AUGCUUUCCCUUCAUUUCUGGGUGUCUCCCUGUCCGGCUACAGAUGCUGCUCCUUCUGUUACCAAUGGCAUUCAGUCUCAUAGCUGCAGACAGUGCCAAGCCAACAACUGUAAGGGAAAGCUCAGCUUCAAGACCCUGGCAGCUAUCACGGCAGGAGCAGCAGCCCCCCCAGCACAGACCACUGGGGCCACCUCCGCCACCCCAUCCAGGGGCCUUCCCAUCUCCCUUGGGUUUGCCCAGGCCCCGCUACAGGGGCUGAAGAAGUUGAAGCUGGUAUCAGUGGCAGAAGCCUCCCCAGCUGGGGGGCCAGUCCAGGCACGUGGGUCCCUUCUCCAGGCAACUCUUCAUCCCAGAAGGGGCCAGAGUAGGAUCCAAGACACCUUCAGCUCCCGCCACUGCCUCCUCCUGUCACUUCGGCCUGAGGAAGGGAUCAUUAUGGAAGUGACAGCUCCUGACCCACUGAAGCAGCCCAAACUGAGUGAGAUCGGGGAUGGGGAGGGCAGCAGCCAAGGCAGCCAAGACCUCAAGCAACAGCAGCAGCUGACGCUUGCAAAGCCAUCGGGGGAAGCAAAAUAUGUGGAGAUCUGUGGCCCCGCUGGAGCAGCCAGAGAAAGCCCUGGGACUUUGAACUUAACUCUAGUGGGUGACCCUGGGAGCCCCCAGAGCAGAGCUAGCAGCCCCCCGCAUGAGUCCACUGCUCCUACCUCCUCGGAACUGGCUGGCUUCCAACUCUCCUGCAACCAAGGGGGGCCCAAGUCCUUUUCUUCUCUCUCCUCCUCUGCCUCCUUGUCCCCAGGGGACAGGGUAGCGGAAGCCCGCUCCCCCCACCUGGACGACACGACCACAUCCGUUGGUGGUCCGGCCUCAUCGUCUUCUUCCUUAGGUUUCGAGAGCGAGAGCGGUGAGGGCAGUGACCGUGAGCCCAGCUGCCCUGAGGAUUACAACCCAGCCCACCAGCCCAGAGCGGGAAAAGGAGGAAAAGCAAAAGGAGGAGCAGGAAAAGGAGGCCCGGCAGGGUUCGGGGCCACUCCUGCCAAGUCCCGGGGUUGCGGCCACCCCCCACCGAAUGAGGAGGCUCACUACAUCACCACCCAUGAGAUCCAGCUGAGUGAAGUCGAACAGGACACAGACUUUGACCUCGGCUUGGCCUCUCGCUGGGACUUCGAAGACAACAACGUGAUCUACUCAUUCGUAGACUACGCUUCCUUUGGUGGUAGUGAUGAGACCCCCGGGGACAACAGCACCCCGACCGAAGACAGCUGCUACCUGAGCACCGGCCCGAGCACCAGUGCCACCAGGUCUCCCACCCCCAUCAGCAGCGAGCCAGGGCCCGCAGCCAUGGCCAGCGAUGGCCGUGACACCAGCAGCACUGAAGUGGGCAGCUCUGAGAGUGACGCUGAUACGGCCGCUGCUGCCACCCCCCCUGGUGAGCCCCCAGGCGAGCCCCAGAAGGCAGCUCCAGCAGCAGCAGCAGCAGCAGCAGCCCCAAGCAGCUGUGGGAACGCUCCAGGCCAGAUCCGCCUAUCAAUCAAACCAACUUCCCGGGCUAUAAAUGAGCCUAGCAACGUGCGGCCAAAGCAAAACAUUAUUCACGCUGCCAAGCAUGAAGGCGAAAUGAGCCUCCGCGUCUCCUCAGCUGCCGAACACAAUUCAAGUUUGCCCAAGCCGCCCCCAGCUGCAGCAACACCUCAAGACCAUGCAAAGAAGUUUAUCGCCGUACCUGCCCGCCUGCAGACCAGGUGCGGGGCCGUCCGGGCGAAGGAGCUGGUGGAUUACUCGAGCGGGGCGUCCAGCGCCGUCAGCGAGCUGGACGACGCAGAUAAAGAGGUGCGUAACCUGACAUCCCGAGCCUUCCGGAGCCUGGCUUACCCUUACUUUGAGGCCCUUAACAUCAGCUCCAGAGCGUCCUCCGCAGCCCUCUCCGACGUCGGCUUUGGCCGCUGGUCGACCUUCUUGGACUUAAAAUGCGGGGGUCUCGGGGCCAAGGUGGAGCAGAGCCUGCUGAAGAACAGCGCCGCGGCUGCAGCCGCGGGGCUGCGGAAGGGUACUGGGGCCAGGACGUCCGCAGACCAGCUCUACGUGCAGUCCAAGAAGUCUCAGACCAAGGCCCUGGAGUUCGUGGUCAGCAAGGUAGAUGGGGAGAUCACCCACGUGGAGACACCUCUGUGCUUCCAGAAGCAGGUCCAAAGCGGCUCGCGAGUCGUCACCCUUUUGGAGACACUAAAUUUGCGCAGCGACAGCAAAGCGAGUUCUGUUGCUGGGUCCGGCAAAAAAGGUGCCAAGGCCCCGGGGUCAGUUUACACAGAUGACGGCUCGGAGACCUCGGAGAGCAGCAAGCCUUCGUCUCGGGCAGAAGGGACACAGAAAAAGUCCAAGUUUGCUUCCAGUCUUCUCAAAAAUGUCAUCUCCAAGAAGAUGCAGAGGGAGCAGGAGUUCAAAAUGGAGCGGGGGCAAGUCUCGGACACGUCUCACAAGAAGCCCCCUGGCUCCUCCAGGGAGCCCGAGGACUCUUCGGGUUGGGAGAAGCCCCCCGAGAAGGGCCUGCAGAGACAGAGCUCCCACUACUCAGAGGCCAGUUCGGAGUACACAGUGGUCAGUGUCUCCGACGCUGGUGGGGACGCUCCAGAAGACAAAUCUCCAGUUUUUCAAGCAAGCGCUCCCCGGGAAAGCAGUGCUGGAUCCAGCAGGCCCUUCACUGACCACCGCCCGGAAGAGGUGUGUGGAAUUAAGAAGAGCGCCUCUGAAACUGUCAAGGGCAUCUUCCUUCGCAGCCAGAACAGCGCGUUUAGGUCCUGGAAGGAGAGGGAGGCUGAGAAACCGGAGCAGACGGCCCCUAUCCGGAGACUGAAGCUGUCCAAAGGUGGGGACUGGAAGGCUGACCUCGGAGAGAUAUCGGCCGGCAAGUCGACAAUCAUGUCCCGACUCUUCGUCCCCAACAUCCAGCACACUCCCAAAGACAAGCAGCCGGGAAAACAGGCCACGAAAUAUCCGUCGGCCCAGGCUGCCUCCACAGCUGUGAUCAAACCCAAGGUCCCUGAAAUCAAGAUCCGCCUGGGCAGUGUGCAGGAGCCCAGCGCCGACUUUAAUAUAGCCAAGUUACUCACCCCGAAGCUGGCAGGCGGCAGCACUUCAACCCUUUUCAAGACCGUCGAGGACAACAACAGGGCGCAGCAGAAACUUUUCAGGGGGGACAGCUUGGAAAAGGUGCCCCAGUUCCAGGUACGGGAUGUGAGGGACAAAUCCAAAACUCAAGGGCCGCUCCACCAGGUGAGAGACGUCAGGAAACUGAUCAAAGGAUCUGGGGAAAGCGGUGAUAAGGGAAGUGUGACCCCCGAACAGGGAACCUCGGGACCGAAACCCAGGCAGCUCUCUGCAGGUGGCAGCGUGCCCAAGUCCCUGUCCCCAAUGGUGAUCACUUGCCAAGCCGUAGCGAACUACAGAGAAGAAGGCAUGGACCGAGAUCGAAGGGACAGCAUGGGGAAAGCUGCCACUAGGACCCUUCCCUCCUCUUCUCCAGAAGGUACGGUCUUAGUUCACAGGGCAUCUGGUCGGUUGCCUGUGGCCACCAUUGCUCCCAACAAGACAGAGCACGGUUCCCACCUGCCUGUACUAAAGAUUGUCUCCAAGACAUCUGCCCAGAAGACACCGGAAAAGCCCAAAGAAGAAGAGGCCAAGGAGGAAAUCAAAGCCCCCAAGCCAACACGCAACGCCCUAGAGAAGCUCACAGCCGCCGUGAGAUCCAUGGAGGAGCUGUACAGCUUCAAUAGGUAUGAAUGGAAGCGCAAGAGUGACCCACUACCCGUGAUGACUGACAGUCACGUGCUGUCCCUCAUUGAGAGUGAAGAACGCGAAGGCCAUGGGAGGGAAGCAGACAAGCCAGCCAAGAGAUUGGUGGAGGUGGAAGAACGCGGGCCAGGGGGGAAGAGCGGGGUGGUCAUGAGGGGGGUGGCCCCGGAACGCCUUCAGCGAAGAAACUCCAACCCCAAUGCUGAGAGUGUGUCCGCCAGGGCCGCAGCCUUCGAGAACAUGGCUAGGGAAAGGCCCCGAUCUCUCUACAUUCCCCCAGCCCACAAAGAUGUGGAGAGGACCCAACCUCUGCAGCCUUUGCCUCCCUUACCUAGCAACCGAAACACCUUCACAGUAAGUACCCAGAAAACAGCGGUAGUGGCAGGCGGGAUCGCAGGCAAGUUCCCUCAAGGGCCUGCCCAGGAAAGCUCUUCCGUGGCAAAGGGGAUCAAAUCCCAGGGACUCCGGUCCUUAAAGAUCUCUCCAGCCACCCGGGCACCGCCCGCUGAAUCUACUAGCAAGAAAAAUGGCAGUGAUGGGGAGAAGGGCUUGGACUCAGGCAGCAGUGACUGUGGGAACUACCUAAGCAGUCCUCUCAAAGGGAACGUGGGGGGUGCCGAGGUACCUGGAAGGGCAGGAGCGGUGGCUUCGUCUGCCGCCACUCUCUGCAGCCUGCCGCCCCUAAGUGCCCGAAGCCAGGUCCCCAACAGUGCCAAGGGUGCCCAGAGCAGUGGGGUCAGUCGGCCUAGCUGGCGCAACAAAACAGACAACGCUCGGGACCCAGCCACCACGGCCCCAGCACUACCCCAGAGCCCUGAGCAUCCCCCCACAGCUGUCUAUCACCAGCAGUCACUGCCUUUCACCCUGCAUGGCGCCCAACCUCAGGUACUGUGCUUCUCCCCUCCCGGCAUCUCUGCCCCACCCCCUGCAGCAGCAGCUCCAGGUCCCACAGACCCCUUCCAGCAGCCACAGCCUCAGCAAACCCAGCGAAAGAUGCUACUAGACCUGACCACUGGCCAGUACUACCUGGUAGAUACACCAGUUCAACCCAUGACAAGGCGGCUAUAUGAUCCAGAGACUGGGCAGUACGUAGAUGUUCCCAUGACCUCCCAGCAGCAGGCAGUGACUCCCAUGUCAAUCCCUAUCCCUCCUUUAGCUUUGAGCCCUGGUGCCUAUGGCCCCACCUACAUGAUCUAUCCUGGCUUUCUGCCCCCAAUGCUGGCCCCCAAUGCCCUGCAGCCAACGACCCUCACCCAUUCUCCUGGAGGAAGUGAGCUCUCUCCCAUGACUAGAGAUCCUUCUGGCAAAGAUGCAGUAGGCCCCAGAGAAAUGGCUUUUGCUGAAACCCCGUAUUUUAUUGCCAUGGGCCAGCCUCCCUCCUCUACUUCAACUUCUGGCCCCACUGCAACCUCCCAGCUUGUGGGCGCCAAGGGGUUCGCCCAGGUGCAUGGCAAGCCUGUCAUCAGCAUCACCUCACAGCCACUGGGGCCAAGGAUCAUCACGCCCCCAUCCUUUGAUGGUACCACCAUGAGCUUCGUGGUGGAACACAGAUGA